AUGAAAAACCUUUUUUAUUCUUCAAACAUGCCAAACGAAUCAUCGCAACUGAUAGACUGCGAUGUGGGACACAAUGCCAAGAUCAGCCUUGCGGCAGUCUAUUCUCUCAUGUGCUUGUUUGGGACAAUUUGAAACCUUUUGGUUGUCUACCUGGUCGUGAUUAAGAAACUUUGGACGGCUAGCAAUGCGUUCAUUGUGAACGGCUUGGUGUGCGCAUUUUGGAUGCCGCACGAGGCAGUGGAGAUUUCUUCUGGUAGUCCUUUUCCGGCUGGGUACGAAGUCCUAUUCCUCGGCAUCACUGUCUUUCUUCUCUCCCAUUCCCUCAUAGCCGUCAACCGAUAGGUCUCUAGUGAUUUGGUAACCAAAUCACUACAGACCUAUCUGUCCAUCUACCAAAAAAUACACACAGAAUGGAUGCUAAUUGCGUCGUGGCUUUCGGCGCUGGGAUUUCUACUACCCUGGAUCACGUCUUCGCGGUACCCACAGAAAGGAUGCUCAUAUCUCCCUGCUUCCGCAGCAUCACUGCUCAAAGGAGGGAAGCCCAUUCUCUCUGACCCAUUUGAAACUGGUACCCUGCUGUUGACUAUUAUUGGUGAGACAAUGGUUGUUUUGUAUUGCUAUUUCAAAAUAUUUUGAAGGGUGCAGAUCAGUGUGAAGAGGGUCAGCAUAUUACAUUUUCCUAUCGUGAAUAACCUUCCUUAUUCGCUCCCCAGAAAGGACAAACGUUUGGGGUUCUACGUGUUGGCAGUGUUGUGUUUCAUAUUCAUCCUCACUACAGAGCCUCUUUUCUGGGUGUUAUUAACAGCACUUUUUACCAUGGUUCCAUUGGCACUUAGGACAUGUUCAUGGAUGAUUUUCUGCACUAUCUUUGUUACAAACCCAUUUCUCUACACGUGGAAGAACGAGGAGUUUAAAAGAUCCGUGCUCAAGGGAGAAUUUUGGAGAGGGUCUGCAGUUGGGGUUGAGCCCAUUACGAUGAAUACAAUAUCUCACCUUGUCCCAAGACAAAAUAGUCACAUUUUUGGCUGAACGUAAUCUGAACUGCUUUGACAUUGGUUAUUGUAAGGAUACAGCUGCUACAGUGUUUUAGAAAGCCUACCUGACAACUCAAUCAAAAAUGACACUAUAA